UGCGACGAGACGCAACGACCGGAGACCGAAGAGGCUGCUCUUCACGUCACGCCUUGAUGGCCGACAGUCGCGUGUUUCACCCCGUCUGGCCGCUCAUCUGCCGGCGGGGCGCCGCCCGCCUCGGGGAGGUGUGCCGGCGGGGCUGCGCCGCCGUCGGGUCGCCGGCCGCCGUACUGGGCGUUGAACUCCCGCCGCUCUUUGACGUCCACCAGGUGCCCAAGGUGUUCCGCGAGGACUGCAUCCUGUCCGGCUACCGCCACCCGCAGAGCUCGGCGCUGGACUGCGUGCUCAGCUGCUUCCGCUUGAACAACGAGACCGUCAACAUCUGGACGCACUUCCUGCCGACAUGGUACUUCGCGUGGAGGCUGGCCUCGCUGUGCCGCAGCACGAACUUUGCGAGCGACUGCUACACGUGGCCGCUGCUGGCGUACAUGCUGCUGGUGUGCGUGUACCCUUUGACCUCCUGCGCGGCGCACACCUUCAGCGCCAUGUCGUCCGAGUGGCGCCACAUCUGCUACUUCCUCGACUACGGCGCGCUCAGCCUCUACAGCCUGGGCACCGCGAUCUGCUACGGCUGCUACGUGAUGCCCGACGGCUGGCUGAACGGCUGGCUGCAUCGACACUUUGUGCCCAUCGCCGUGGGCAACAGCUUGCUCUGCACCAGCCUCGCCUGCUACUCACGGUUGGUGGAGGUGCGCUUCCCGCAGAGGAGCAAAGUGCUGCGGACGCUCGCCUUCGCGGUGCCCUUCGUCUUCGACAGUUUGCCCGUCUUCCACCGGCUCCUCCUGUGCUGCGGGGGGCGCUGCAGCCCGAGCGAGGCUCUGCUCAGCCACUUUUACCAGGUGACCUUCGCCCUCCUCACCUGCUUCCUGUUCACCUCGCACCUGCCCGAGAGGCUGGCGCCAGGACGCUUCGACUACUUUGGCCACAGCCACCAGCUGUUCCACGUGAGCGCGGUGGUGGCGACGCACUUCCAGUUGGGGGCGGUGUUGAGCGACAUGACCUCCCGCCGGGGGCGGCUAGAGGCCACGGGGGCGCCGCCCUCCCUGCCCGGCACGGCCGGCGCCGUGGCCCUCGGCCUGGCCCUCAACCUGGGCGUCGUCGCCCUCUUCGUCGCGCCGCUGCUCAGACGGUCGCCGAGGCGACCGGCGCCUAACCACGGCAAAGACCAGUGAGUCUGUUACCUAGGUAACUGCCCCCCCGGUGGCAGGGAGCACCUGACAACGUUUACACAAAAAAAAAACUCCUUGAAAAACAUUUGGACUGACUGGCUGCCAGUACACUUUCUGGCCACCAGUCUGUGCUGGUGAGUCAAAAAAACAAACCAAAAAAAAAGACCAGUUUGUGGAUUUUCGCAUUCUGAUGCGCAACAAUUUCGAAUCCCGCAGCUGUCGAAUUCAUUCUCAUCAAUCUAGUCAAAAGUAAUAACAAUAUGAAUAAUUGAGCCCCGCUUUAAAAGGUGUAUAAAUGCUUCAAUGCCACAAGAUGGGGCCAAAGCACUACUUUUAGAUCAGCUUGAGCGAAAAAGAGCAAGCGGGUGAGUGCUUCAGUGAAAAAGAGAGGUUCCCAAAAAAAACAUCAGCAAAUAGGUGAAUCCACACAUCACAAAUAUUUAAAACAUAAUAAAAGUGGAUAUAAAAAAAAUAGUGAUGCAUACAAUACAAAAUAAAUAUUUCUUUUUGCAAAUGUGUUCAUUUUGGGCCACUGGUAAGUCAGGGUGGAAACGUUGGCUAUUUGGAAGCGGCAGUACACUCCUCAUCCACUAGUGGGGGCCAGCGAGUUCCAUUGAUUGGUCAUUCCUGCGUUUCCCCGGCAACUGAGUUUGUUGUCUUUGCCGUCGAGAGUAGAACGUUUCGAUUUGAUGUUAUAAUAAUAAUUAUUAUGAUUAUUAUCCAGUGGAACUUCCGACGAUGAUGUCAUGCUGUGGAAUUCGCACAAAAUGUCGAAUUGUUUCAGUUUAGUAUUCCUGCUUCUGAUUGGCCCAAUUUCCUCAUCAGAGUUAGUCCAAAAUGGCCGACUUGCAGUCCCGUUCGGGGUAGGCGUCCGUGAGACGUUUUUGAUUUUUGCGUCCAUUUGUGAAACUGCUGCCGGGGCUCAUAUUGUAACUUUCCAGGGGGCGCCACUGAGCCGCUUUUGGGUGUUUGCUUUUGCCACUAACAUGUUUUCCUAUUUAUUGUUUUAUCAAAUGUCGAAUGUUUACGUCAGUGAGAAACGAGCGUCUUGAGUUGACGUUCAAAAGUCCGAUUCGUUGAAGACCCGGAGAAUUAAAACAUUUGAAUUUGACAUAUUGUUGUGUAAAAAAAAAAAUGUGCACGAAAAUGUACAAUUUUUGCUUUAGGGUUUUUGGCCCAAACUAAGAUUUUUAAGAAUUUAAGAAACAUAUUUUCAGGGUUAUGAAAUCCGAUAUUUGUGAUUUUGUCUUUUUCCACUGUCGAGGAGCGCAUAAAAAUUACUCAGAAUAAUUUGUGAAGUAGUCCCAGCUUUUUUCAAAGUUUUGUUUGCUUGAAAUUAUGAAACAAAAUAUACUUCAAAUUUUUGGUUAAAUCUUAUUUGGUAUUUUUAAAAUGUUUAGCCAUCCCGAUUAAAAAACACGUUUUAUUUUUUCAUACAUACAUUUUUUUUAGUCAAUCGCUAAAUGAAAAUAAUGUUGUUGUUGUUUUUGUUUGUUUUUCUUGAAAAUACGUCAACUACUUUGGUAUUUAGUCCAACAUGUUACUUUGGGAUUUUGGUCCAAACUUUUGAUCUUUAAGACUUUUAACAUUUAACCAACAGGAAAUAAACUGCAGCAGUGCCUUGACUUAUGACCUCCACUCAAUGCGGGACCAUGCGCUGAACUCCGACUUCAUAUUUUUGUUUUGGGGCGCUGGAAAAGUGCAAAACGAAGAAUCGCUUUUAUUUCGCAGAAGCGCCGCCGACGCUUCUGGGACUCGAAGCGAAGUUUAUGUGAGCGAUUCGAUAACUUUUUGCCACCGCGGCGUCACUCGCACUUCCGGCGAGCAAAACGCAGAUGACGCCGUUUGCGCACAAAUGAAAAGAUUUGACACUUCUUCUCGUCUGCCGUCGUCGUUCGAAUGUGUGACGCGUCAGUCGACGAGAAGACGUGACGUUCGGUAAACACCGAACUAACGUUUGUCGUCGUUUCAGCCGUUGUCGCCCGUUUUUGCGCCAGCCGGAAGUUGCCCGCACGCCGGCUACCGCAUCUCAGGAAAUGCCUUCAAGACGCGUGACAAUUUCUUUGGGAAACGCGUCGCACGUAUUCUGCACUUUCCGAGAAGGUGAAACGCACCUACCAAAAAAUAUCUAUUUUUUCUCUUCUUCCCAUAUUUCUUUAAUUCAUCGGCCGAAUAAUCGGAGAUCAGAAUUUCGCCGGUGCCAAAUAUCGGCAUCGGCCUCAAGAAAUCAGAUGGGUGACGGCCGAGUUCAAAACGAGCAUAUUAGAGCGCGCUUUACAACCAAAACUUGCAGAUUCAAAGCCAAAAAGUUCCCGGAAAAAUCUACUUUGUAUUAAUAUUUGCUAAUUAUUUAUAGAUUUGACAAACACUGUUGUUGUCGUUGUUGUUGUUAUUAUUAUUAUUAUUACACAUAUGGAAUGGGUCAGUCCAUUUAGUGUCAAUAUUUCUGACUCGAUCACAGUUACCUCCUUGCGUGUAUCCUUAUACAUUUAUGUUAUAAAUAUGAAUAUGAAUUGCGGGAUGUCUUGACUGGAAAGAACCAGGAAAAUAACUAUGGGUGCUUUUUAAUGUGUUACAUGCUCUGAAAGUAUAAAAAAAACGAAACAUGUCGAAUGUAUAAAUAAAGACCUGUACGUGCUUUGUAUACUGUGUCAUUGAUGCACUAAAUUUGUGUAAUAAAUGCAGCUUCUUUAAAAAAAAAAUAAAAUAAAAUAAAAUUAAAAAAAACA